AUGUUUAGAAAUUUGACGAACCGUACCUUUACUAGAUUCAACUCCCACGGCCACGGCCACGGUCACGUGUCCAAGUUCAUCAAGGACAAUGCCUUCAAGGUCGACAAGACCGCUGGUGAGGCCUUCAAGAAGGAAUACGCUGAGAAGGUCCACCACUCUGAGAGUGUCACCAAGUUGUGGACCAAGAUUACCUACUACGUGGCUAUCCCAGCCAUCCUUUUGACUGCCAUUCCUGUCGGUCGUAUUGAGAUGAAGCACGUGGAGCACAGAGACCACUUGAGACACAUGUCUGACGAAGAGUGGCCUACUCAAUACGAAUACCAGAACUUGAGAAGCAAGAAGUUCUUUUGGGGUGACGGCGACAAGACCUUGUUCUGGAACUCGGACGUCAACAGACACAUCGAGGAGUAA